AUGGCACUCGGGGCCAAGGCACGGGCGUGGCUGGCCGGGCCCUGGCCGUCCCCGGGCAGGGCAGGUGCGCUGGGCACCGGAGCCACUGCGGCCCCCAAGGCGGUGCUGCCCUUCGAAGCCAUCCCCCGCUGCCCCGGCAGCAAGUGGGCGAGGCUGCUGCAGAUCUGGAGGGAGCGGGGCCUGGAGACCCUGCACCUGGAGCUGCACCGGCUCUUCCAGGAGCUGGGGCCCAUUUUCAGAUACGACGUGGGAGGGACACGCAUGGUGUACCUGAUGCUGCCCGAGGACGUGCAGAGGCUGCAGAAGACGGACAGUCUCCAGCCCUACCGGCCGCUCGUGGGCCCCUGGGUGGCCUACCGGCAGCGUCGUGGGCACAAAUGUGGAGUGUUCUUGCUGUGA